AUGAUACUUGUUAGAGAAGAUGCAGAGAAGAGGAAGGAGGUGGAGCUGUGUCGACUCAACAGCCAGGAGAAGCUGGGCCUGACGUUGUGCUACAGGACAGAUGAGGAGGAGGACAUGACCAUCUACGUCAGCGAGGUUGGGCCAAACAGCAUCGCUGCAAGGGAUGGACGCAUCAGAGAAGGAGACCACAUUUUACAGAUCAAUGGGCAGGAUGUGCAGGACAGAGAGGCUGUAGCGGUGCUCUCUAGUGAAGAUACUAGGAUCCUACUGCUGGUCGCCAGGCCCGAGAUACAGCUGGAGGAAGCGUGGUUGGAUGAUGAACACAGUGAAUUCCUGGAGCAACUGAAGAUGGAAAUGUUGGAAGAGCAACAGAGAGAAGAGAUGGAGCUAGAGGCACUUCAGGAGAAGGCCAAAGGAGAAGAGGAUGACAUCACUGCCACCUGUUCCUCCAGAACUCAGGACAGCGGGCUGGGGAUGUCGUUAAGGAACAGCAUCGACGCCCCCGACCACAACGCCCUCCUAACCCACAUCCAACGGAGACUCUCCCAGUGUCUGAGGGACAGACAGAACUGUUCCACGCGUCUGGACGAAGAGGAGGAGGAGGAAGAAGAGGAGGUUGUUGCAGAGGAUGGCGAUCGGUUCCAGCAGCUCCUGGAGCUGAAGUGUCAGAUCCGUAACAGCGGGGAGUACGACCUGAUCUAUAGCAGACGCAGCACUAUAGAGUGUAGGCUGGGAGAGCCGGCCGGUGGCGUGCAGCGUGAGCUCCGCAUGCUCAACGACGAGCUCCGUAGCAUCGAGCUAGAGUGCCAGAACAUCAUGCAGGCACACAAGCUCGGCAAGGGGCCGGUGGGGUCCCAGUGGGACCAGGGGCAGCAAGUGUUUCCCCAAAUUGUCUGCCCCACACCCAAGGACCAAAGCUCCCACCUGGGGUGCAAUGACUCACCUAGAAGAAGCAAGCUGGUGGACAUCAGCGAGUGUCCGGAGAAGCCGGAGAAGUCAGACAAGGACAGCUCGAGUGCCUACAACACUGCAGAGAGCUCACGCAGCACGCCGCUGGCAAUGGACCGCUCCCCUGAGCACUCCCUUCAGAGGAGGAUGGUGACCAUCACCAACCAGAGGAACCUCCGCAGCAGCAUGGCCAGCCUCCACACUACAGCCAGCCCCAGCCCCAAACACCGGCCCCUCCACUGGGCCCCCAUCCCAGGCAAGGCCAGCAGCCCCGACCACAGCCUUUACCCCUCCGAGUCGGACAAGGUGGCCCCUGCAGACAACGAAAGGAGUGGGUUGGGGAACUGGAAGGUGAAGCCUCAGCCUCCUCCCAGGGCCUCCCAGAUCCCUUACCUAUCCCCGUCCCAUGACUCCCAGCACCGCCAGCCCAACGCCAACAUCCCGGCCCACGCUCGCCACUACCAGAGCUACAUGCAGUUGAUUCAGCAGCGCUCGGCUGCGGAGUACGCCCAGAGCCAGCUGAGCCUGCUCAGUGGAGUCAAGGAGCCCCAGCUGAGCCCCGCCAUCGAGCCUAAGAUGGAAUGGAAGGUGAAGAUCCGUUCGGACGGCACGCGCUACAUCACCAAGAGACCCAUUAGGGACAAGAUCCUGCGGGAACGCGCCCUGAAGAUCAAAGAGGAGCGUAGCGGAGGGAUGACCACCGACGACGACGCUAUGUCCGAGAUGAAGAUGGGGCGGUACUGGAGUAAAGAGGAAAGGAAGCAGCAUCUGGUCAGGGCUAAAGAACAGCGGAGGAGACGGGAGUUCAUGCAGCGCAGCCGACUGGAGAGCCUGAGGGAGAGUCCUCAGAGCAGCAGCGAAGGACGCAAGGAGGUCAGCAUCAUUGAACUGAGCCACAGGAAGAUGAUGAAGAAGCGCAACAAGAAGAUCCUGGACAACUGGAUGACCAUUCAGGAACUGAUGACUCACGGGGCCAAGGCCCCUGAUGACCCCAGGGCCAAAGUACAUAAGGCCUUCCUGUCGGUCACCACUGUAUAAUAUACAACUAACACAUAACAAUCUAUAGCAGUGUUUCUUAACCGUAUUCAUACCAGGAACCAGCAAGCUAUGGCCCUACCCCGGUGAGCAACAUCCCAGGGACCGGUGCUGGUCUCCGGACCGGAAUUUGAGGAACACUGAUCUACAGUACCCCAUGUGGUAUUAUAUACUUGCCUCGUUCAAUGUGGCGUUUUUAUGAGGGCGAUAGGAAUAUUUUUCACAACUUUGUUACCCGAAAAAUAGCAUUUUCUAAAGAAUUUUAACCAAUGGUUUCCAUGGCAUUUAAAAAAUCAGUUUUUCAUUAUUUCACUCUGUUCCAGAAACACUUUUGUAUGAGAUUACUGAGCAAUUAUUUUUCUUAGUUCAUCCUGUAAAUGUAAUUACCUGCAUAGUGUUCAAUUAUUUUCAUAUUUCUGUUCUGUUAUACAGUGAUUCCAACCCAGACAGGUCAGAAUAUUUGUAUGUACUCCCUCAGGGGGAGAGGCGUUCAAUUGAAUGUACAGUACAGAAAUCCUACUUCUUGCAGGUCUAGAUUUGAUAAACCAGCCAUUUCAUUUGUCCUUAAAGGGACACUUCGGGAUUUUGGUAUGAAGGAAGUUAGAGGUAAGUUUCGCGAGCCAAUGCUAACUAGCGUUAGCGCAAU